AUGAAUCAACGAACAACUGCUGCAAUUCGAACACCAGCCGGAUGUACAACACAGUAUGAAGUGGUAACUGGAGUAAGACAAGGGGCAGUGGCAGGACCCUUCCUGUUCAAUUUCGCCAUCGACAUCAUUAUGCGAAGAACAGUCGACCAGUGUCCAGCCGACAUUGUCUCAGCACCAUCUGGGUGCCCCUUGACUAACCUCGAGUACGCCGACGAUGUUAUAUUCGCGGAAAGCAGUACGAAACUUCAACAUGUUGUCAACCUUGUAUCGAAGCUGGCUGCAGCCUAUGGACUACGCCUACGCCCUGAUAAAUGCAAGCAGAUGUGGAUCUCUUCGAGACCACGAACGGGAAUCAGGGUGGACGGACAACCGAUAGAACUCGUCGCUGAGUUGUGUUACCUACGCUGCACACUGAAGAACAAUGGCAGCUACGAGAGAGAUGUUCAGCAAAAAUGCGCUAAGGCCACUUCUGCAUUUAACUCCUUAACGAACGAAAUGUCUGUGGUCGACCCCCAUCACCAACGAAGUCAAGCUGCGAGUCUACCUAUCCGCAAUUUACCCCAUCAUGAUGUAUGGAUCGGAGACUUGGGCAGCACCAUCAACGGUUAUGGAGAGGCUUGA